AUGGGUUCACACACGCAACGCAACAAAACCUUCCACCCGGCACGCGAACCAGUGAGACACGGCACUAGCCUACGCCUCGAAGACAAUCGCGUCACCGGUCCGAUACCUUUCCUCAACCCCACGCGAGCCCACUAUCGUCACGACGACCGUCCCGAUGUCCGCUACAAGUGGACUUCGCGCAAUGACCGCAAAGGACGACAUGCCGUAGACAUCGAACAUAGUCAGACUGCUGUCUCAACGAAGCACGAUACCCCACGUCCGACUGCCUCCUUUCGUAGCGUUGCACGCAACGUCUGGCGUAUGUUCACAUACUUCCCCGUAUGGGAUAUAUCAUUCGACGUUGCCUUUGUCUUCACAUUGGGCAGCGUGGUAUGGUUGUUCAAUGCCUUUUUCGUAUUCCUGCCGUUGGUACGACCCGAUUCGGAAUUCACAAACGAGGAAUUGUAUGGUGGGGGCAUAACAGCGUUCGUCGGGGUCUGCAUCUUCGAGGUGGGGUCAUUCCUCCUUGUAGCAGAAGCUGUGAAUGAGGGCCGAUCGGGGUGCUUCGGAUGGGCGGUGGAGCAGAUCCUAUCGCAUGAAGAGGAGGGGGAUGUACGCGUAGAGCUGCGGCCGUCAAAGUCGCAUUGCACGCACCAUCACAACAAACGGCAUGCUGUCAGGACCCGACAAAUCGCCGAACCAAAGCCCGAUCUGGAGCCGCAAGAGCGUUCCUGGGUCUGGUGGCCGUCAAACGAAGAAUUACGGACCCACUACAUUCACAAUCUCGGGUUUAUAGCGUCCAUGUCCCAACUGCUCGGCGCAACAAUCUUCUGGAUCGCGGGCCUGACUGCACUGCCCGGCAUAUACGAUCAGAUGUCGCAAACCCUUACUAUAAUCCUCUACUGGACUACUCAAGUCGUUGGCGGCAUAGGUUUCAUCAUUUCCGGAGCCCUGUUCAUGAUCGAGACUCAGUCCAAAUGGUGGAAACCUGCUCCUCGAACGCUGGGAUGGUGGGUCGGGGCCUGGAACCUCAUAGGCGGUAUAGGCUUCACGCUGUGCCCGGCUUUUGGCUACGAUACUCGGAGCUGGGCGCAAUAUCAGGCGUCACUCAGUACCUUCUGGGGUAGUUGGGCUUUCAUGAUUGGAAGUACGCUUCAGUGGUAUGAGAGUUUGGAGAAAUAUCCUGUACAAGUCGAGAGUGCCAAGUAG